UUUAUUUAAGAACUCAAAUAUAAUUUAUAUUUGAUUAAUAUUAAAAACUAUUUUAUUAACUAUAUAUAUAUAUAUACAUACAAUAUACAAUAUACACAAUAUACAGUGUAUUCGAUCUUAGUACUAAGUGAUUCGAACACUAGAAGUGAUGUUUUAAAAAAGUUUCUCAUAUUAACUAUUUAAUUUUCUUCUCGAAUAAUUGUAUUUUAGAUUAUGAGGCUAUAUUUGCCUAAAUUAUAUCUUAUAUUUAUAACAAAUACAAUUAUCCUACCUGGUGUAAUACGGAAUGAAAUUCAUAGUAAAUCCACAGAGUAUGGUGAACAUUAUAUUCAUCCGAACGAUUUGUUAUAUCCUACACUUUAUGAAAAUAUUGAAGAUGAUUUAACAUUCAACGAAAUUAAUGAUGACAAUGAUAAUAACAAUAAUAAUAAUAAUAAUAAUGAUGACCAUAUAACUUUCAAAAAUCGACAGCAUAUUAAUGAUCGAUUAUUUCAACCGAUUAGAGAUCAUAGAUACUGGUUAAAUACUGAAAAUAUACAACAUAAUCAACAUGAACAUCAAGAAAGAAUAAUUUCAAAUAAUCUAAUUAAGAAAAUUACAGAGAAUUUAUUGAAACAAUCAACAAUGCAACAAAAUAUCCCUGCUUCACCAUUAUCAUCAUCAUCAUCAUCAUUACCAUCAUCUGCAGAAUCAACAGCAUCAUUAUUACCAACAUCAUCUAUAUAUCAUUCAUCAUCUAGAUCAGUAUUACCAAUUAUAUGGUCAAAGAAUUCAUUACAUAGACCAUAUCGAUUGAAACGUGAUGAUCUUGGCUGGAAAAGAAGUAUUCAUUAUAAUGUGUGAAUCAAUGACAGAAUUAUUAAAUAACAAACAACAAUGAACAUAAUGUCAUGAACAAUUAAUUAAUUCAUUCAUUAACAUACUACUAAAUAUAUUUAAAAGUUAAUAAAUUAAUUAAACAGGGAGUUAUUUUAUUUUUGGACAGAAUAUAUACAUAUAUACACUAUAUCUAUAAUAAAACUAUUCUCAUUCUAAA